AUGGACGCUAACGGGGACAUUGGCUCGAAGCGCAAGCGCAGCGCCGUCGCCGGUGCUGUGGAGCGGCCCGCUAAACACCUCAAGCCUGAAGGCUCGGUUUUGACUCCCGGUGAUUCAACCCCAGCCAAUGGAACAGUAUACGAUGUGGAGGAGGAAGAUGAUGAUUCGGGUCGCUUGUUGCCUCUUGGCCCUGCGCAGGCAGAUUCACCCGAGUGGCAGGCGACUAUUGAGUCGGUUGUGAAGAGUGUGGUAUCCAUCCACUUUUGUCAGACUUGUUCUUUCGAUACCGAGCUGUCUAUGAGCAGUCAGGCUACGGGCUUCGUGGUUGAUGCUGAGCGAGGAUACAUUUUGACGAACCGUCAUGUCGUUGGCGCGGGUCCGUUCUGGGGUUACUGCAUUUUCGACAACCAUGAAGAGUGUGAUGUUCGUCCCGUCUAUCGAGACCCCGUACACGAUUUUGGUAUCCUCCAAUUCGACCCGAAAGCCAUUCGUUAUAUGAACCUCACCGAGCUCAAGCUCCAACCCGACGGAGCUCGAGUGGGUGUUGAGAUUCGCGUCGUUGGUAACGAUGCGGGUGAAAAGCUUAGCAUUCUUUCCGGUGUUAUUAGUCGUUUGGACCGCAAUGCUCCGGAGUAUGGCGAGGGAUACAGUGAUUUCAACACCAAUUACAUCCAGGCUGCCGCUGCCGCAAGUGGUGGUAGUUCGGGCAGUCCAGUCGUCAACAUCGAUGGUCACGCCGUGGCUCUGCAAGCAGGUGGACGUGCUGAUGGUGCUGCGACUGAUUAUUUCUUGCCUUUGGAUCGCCCGCUUCGUGCUCUGGAAUGUAUUCGUCAGGGCCAGGCUGUCACCCGUGGCACAAUCCAGACCCAGUGGAUCCUCAAGCCCUUUGAUGAGUGCCGUCGUCUGGGCUUGACUCCCGAGUGGGAAGCCGCCGUGCGCAAGGCUGCUCCCGCCGAGACCAAUAUGCUUGCUGCUGAGAUCAUCUUGCCGGAAGGACCUGCUGAUGGAAAGUUGCAAGAGGGAGAUGUGUUGCUGCAGGUGAAUGGUGAGCUGCUUACGCAGUUCGUCCGCCUGGAUGAUAUCUUGGACUCUAGUGUGGGUAAGACUAUCCGGCUGCUGGUUCAGCGAGGAGGCGAGGACCUUGAGGUGGAAUGUGAAGUUGGAGACCUCCAUGCGAUCAGUCCCGAUCGAUUCGUGACUGUUGCUGGAGGUACUUUCCAUAAUCUGUCCUACCAGCAGUCCCGACUCUAUGCCAUCGCUACCCGCGGUGUGUAUGUCUGCGAGGCUGCUGGCUCGUUCAAGCUUGAGAAUACCCUGUCCGGGUGGAUCAUUGAUUCGGUUGAUAAGCGGCCAACUCGCAACCUGGAUGAAUUCGUAGAGGUCAUGAAGACCAUCCCUGACCGCUCCCGUGUGGUCAUCUCUUAUCGUCAUAUUCGGGAUUUGCAUACCAAGGGAACCAGUAUCAUCUAUGUUGACCGUCAUUGGCAUCCCAAGAUGCGUUUGGCCGUCCGCAACGAUGAGACUGGUAUCUGGGACUUUUCAGACUUGGCUGAUCCUAUCCCGGCCGAGAAGCCUGUCCCACGCAAGGCAGACUUUAUCCAGCUGGAUGGUGUCAGCCAGCCCGCCGCUGCCGAGAUUGUCCGUAGCUUUGUGCGGGUGUCGUGCACUAUGCCAUUGAAGCUGGAUGGUUAUCCUCAGGCUAAGAAGACCGGUUUCGGUCUGGUCAUCGAUGCCGAGAAGGGUCUGGUCGUUGUCUCAAGAGCUAUUGUGCCCUAUGACCUCUGCGAUAUCAACGUCACAGUCGCCGACUCGGUCAUCCUCAGUGCCAAGGUUGUCUUCCUGCACCCUCUGCAGAACUACAGCAUCAUUCAAUACGACCCCAGCCUCGUGCAGGCUCCUGUACAGAGCGCUCGUCUCAGCUCCGAGUACAUCAAGCAAGGACAAGACACCAUCUUUGUUGGCUUCAACCAGAACUUCCGCAUUGUCGUGGCCAAGACUGCUGUGACUGAUAUCACUACCGUAUCGAUUCCCGCCAACGCCUCUGCUCCUCGGUACCGCGCUAUCAAUUUGGAUGCCAUCACUGUCGACACUGGACUAAGUGGGCAAUGCACUAAUGGUGUAUUGAUCGGUGAGGACGGUGUCGUGCAGGCCCUUUGGUUGAACUACCUUGGCGAGCGUACCCCGAGCUCUCACAAGGACGUUGAGUACCACCUCGGUUUUGCUACCCCGUCUCUACUUCCCGUGACGACCAAGAUCCAACAGGGAGUCACCCCUAAGCUACGCAUCUUGAACAUGGAGAGCUACGUUGUCCAGAUGAGCCAGGCCCGCAUCAUGGGUGUCUCUGAGGAGUGGAUUCAGAAGGUUGCUCAAGCUAAUCCCUCCCGCCAUCAACUCUUCAUGGUUCGCAAGGUGGACUGCCCACCGGCGACUUUCACAUCUGAUGUCGAUAGCUUCCAGGAGGCUGAUAUCAUUCUCACACUGGACGGCCAGCUCGUCACUCGUGUUUCGGAAUUGGACGUCAUGUAUGAGAAGGAGAUCUUGGAGGCUUUGAUUGUUCGGAAUGGCCAGGAGAUGCGCAUUCGCGUUCCAACUGUUCCUACAGAAGAUCUCGAGACUGAUCGUGCCGUUGUCUUCUGCGGUGCUGUCCUGCAGAAGCCCCACCAUGCUGUUCGACAGCAAAUCUCCAAGCUCCAUAGCGAAGUUUACGUGAGCGCCAGGAGCCGCGGUUCACCCGCUUACCACUACGGACUUGCGCCAACUAACUUCAUCACCGCUGUCAACGGCGUCUCCACCCCCAACCUCGACGCAUUCGUUGAGCAAGUGCGCAAGAUUCCUGACAACACCUACUUCCGCCUACGAGCCGUCACUUUCGACAACGUUCCGUGGGUGGUUACCAUGAAGAAGAACGACCACUACUUCCCCAUGUCCGAAUACAUCAAGGACCCCUCCGUCGAAGCCGGCUGGCGCACCAUCUCCCACGACAAGACCGAGGGUCUCGGCGCUGCCUCUGAUGCCGCAAACCUAAACCCCGACGCUAUGGACGAGGGCGGUGCGCCUGGUGGUAGCGACGUGGAACCUGACAUGGAGUAA